UUCCCUCCACCCUCCUAAAUCAACAAGCUCGGGGAAGUGUUUUCAGAUCACAGCGUGGUGUCAGUUCAUCUCAACCACAACCCAGUGCAAGUUAGAAAACGAUCUUAUAACAAACAAUCCCACUUGUGUCAAAAUAAUGCCCUGAAUUAUCGUGACAUUUGUAAAAAUUUUAGUGAGUCCAAAAAUGUCCUCACCGAAACCCAUCCAUCAUGGUCAAGAGCACAUCAAGCGGCCCAUGAACGCGUUCAUGGUAUGGUCACGAGGACAACGCCGUAAAAUGGCCCAAGAAAACCCAAAAAUGCACAACUCCGAAAUUUCCAAACGGUUGGGUGCGGAAUGGAAACUACUAAGUGAGUCAGAGAAAAGACCCUUCAUCGAUGAAGCCAAGCGAUUGAGAGCCCUCCACAUGAAGGAACAUCCUGACUACAAAUACCGUCCACGAAGAAAGCCCAAACCCCUCCUCAAGAAAGAACCAAAAUUCGGCUUCUCAAUAUCGCCACUAAUCUCGCCACCCAUGGACGGCCAGAGCAUACCAAGAUCCAUGGUUCCUCCCAUCUCCGUCGCCACAAGCCUUCCAUCCCUCCUUUCGCACCAUCAUCCCGACCAAGACCCCCUAAAAAUCCCCCGAACUCUCUUCCCUCCACUCCCUUACUUGUACCCUUUUCGGCACCCGGAAGAAUCCAAAUUCGCCGCUGAACUAGCCCUCCUGUACAGUAACAGCCACCUAUACCCCCCGAGCAUCAAUUGGCCCCUCAACAAUCUGACAAGCAACGUCAAUGGUCCUUGUAACAUUUGCCCUCCCGCGUUUCCCCGCCGAACUCCCAGUCCCGAGGCCAUGAAAAGACCCGUCUGCGUCAUAAUGAAAAACGACGAAUUUCGAAACGAAACCAUUCCUGCAGGCCACGUUAUAUGAAAACCACUUCCGGUUCUUCCGGAAAGGUUGAACCUAGGAACUUGGUUUAGUGAUAUAGCGAAUUUAGCUACUAGUUCGGUAGGAUCAGCACCGCAAACGACGAAUUCUUUGAAUGUGGGCCAAGAUGGUGCCUCCGGGAGGGAUAGUUGCAGUCCGGGAGCUUUGAGUGACAAAAUCAGUUCUUAUAAUAACUAAAGUUUGUUGUGUGAUACGGUGUCUAAUUUACGCAAAGUUUAUUGAAUUUUAAAGAUAAUAGAAAUAUAAUUAUGUGUUAUAUGAGAAUUAAGAUAAUUGUGCGGUUUUAGUAUUUUGCAGGGUUGGUGCAAUUACUUUUUAUUUAGAUAAACGUUUUCAUGUUGAUCAUUAAUAGAAUUUGAUUGAAUUGAUUUUGUUUUAUUGCGAUUUUUCCUGUUUGUUACGUUUGGAUUAUUUUGUUAUAACAAGAUGUAAACAGAUAUGUUUGUUAUUUUUGUUCUUUGGGUCCCAAUAGAGUGUAGCAUCAAUGAAAUAAAUGUAAUAAAAUUGUUACGUACUAGAAAAAAUAAAUUUUUUCAAGAC